AUGAUUGUGUACUCUGUUUAUCAGACUCCAUCUCCUGGUCUUCAGCGACAGGGGGAGAAUUGGGUAUGUCGCCUCAACAAGUCGUUGUAUGGUCUUAAGCAGGCUUCUCGACAAUGGUUUGCUAAGUUCUCUGAAGCCAUUCAAGUUGCCGGUUACAUCCAAUCCAAAGCGGACUAUUCCUUGUUUACAUGCAAAAGAGGGAAAUCAUUCACUGCUCUCUUAAUUUAUGUAGAUGAUAUAUUGAUUACAGGUAACGACAUGGCUGCUAUUAAUUCUCUCAAACAGUUCCUUCAUACCCGGUUUCGCAUCAAAGAUCUAGGUGACCUCAAAUUGUUUUUGGGUAUUGAUGUAUCUCGCUCAACUAAGGGCAUUAGCAUCUCACAAAGGAGGUUGGUGGAUCACUAG